GGAGCAGUAGUGAGGGAAGCCUGCCACCUGCCUCUCUGUGUUGUGGCUGCGGUGAUGGAAGCUGAGUAUGUGGGCGGCCCCAUGCUCCCCGUUGUUUACUAGUUAAUGCAGCUAAGGACCCAGUUAAGCCUUCCCUGGUCACCCCCCUACUAUCCCCUGGCCUCCGUCCUUUUGAAAGCCUCCCCCUGGCUUGGACCCCCCCCCCCCUUUUGAUGAGCUCUAGUUGUGAUCUGUGCUUGGAAGCUGCCACUUACUGAGGCCCUGGGCCUGGGGAGCCUUGACACUAAAGGUCAGGCCAACUAAUCCUGCCUGUCGGCACAGAGCAACUAAAAUUAAAACCGCCAGGUGGCUUUUUCUUUCUCCGCUGGUGACUUGCAGCCUGCCGACGCUGCAGGCUUGGGGGAGUGGUGGGGGUGAGCUAAAGUGCCCCACCUUGUGCUUUGUAAGCACUUCUUUGUAAAGGGCCUUAAGCUGUUCGUUCAUGUCUGGGGCAGUGGACAGGGCCCAUUGUGGCACCAGAAAAAUGCAUGUUUCAUCUCCAUGUAGUGGUGAGGUGUCACCUGCCUCUGCCUGUUGUCGCUGAGGGGCAUGGUCUCUGGGAGGAGAGCUAUGUUAGCAACCCUUCGUCUCCCGCUGCCUUUCCUUCCUUCAGGCAGGUUGAGGGACAGGCAGGCUUCUGUUGCCCCUGGCAUCUGUCCAGUGGGGACAACUCUGGACUGGGCCGCUGUCCAUCCUUGAGCCAGGGCUGGCUACUGCUGUUUACCCAGAGUGGGGCCUGGUGCCUGGGCCCUGGCCGGGAUGCGUGUGCUGCUUUGCUAUAUAUAGGUUGAUGGGCUGAGGACGCCUCAGAAACAAGGCCGGUUCAGCGGGUUCCCACAACCAAGCCCUAAACUCCAGUCAACCAGAAGGCAGAGGGGAAGGAUCUUUUCGUUUGUCUUUAACCGGGGGGCAGGGACAGGGCUGGCUACCUACCGUCUUUGACCUUGGCUUCACCUCAUUGCUUCCCCGACAAGCUCGGUUUCCCUAGUGGGCUCAUUGGGCGGUUAAUUAGCUCUUUGAAGCUCUGGAAGAGGCAAAGUGGCGCUAUGUGGGUUUUAGAAAUAAAAUCAAUAAAUGACUUAACCACAGCCCAGCUAUCUCCCCUGGCUCUCCCCUGGGGCCGGCACCAUUCCUGGGCUUGCUCCCUGCCGUCAGCCUUUGUUAAGGUUUCAGGGAGUAACAAAGUGGCUGACGAAGGAAGGCAUCAGUCUCAGCCUUUGACCAAGCUGCUCCAGGCCCCAAAAUGGGAGAGAGCAGGAAGCCUGGGCACUUGGCCGCAGCAGGCACCUGCUUUUGUGGCAGAGUUGGAGCUGGGAACCACUUCCCCACCUGACUCAAGGCGCCCGGGGCGGAAGGAAGCCAGGCACCCCCACUUCAGUUUGUGCUGCUACAGCAGUGUUUCCCCGCCCCCACAAAGCUGGGCGACAGGAAUGCAUUUGGGAAAGGUCAGCACUGGGCUCCGUUACUGAGACUGGCCAGGCGCUCUGCCGGAGACACCCAAGAUUUAUCCAGAGAAGGAGGCACGAUUUCUGUUUAGAAACAUAGUCCGAUGUAAACAACCCAAGUUAGUCAAGGUUGGGAAAGGGCUUUCAGGGCUUACUAAGGGAAAUCACACGCACUGGGGGGUGGUGACAGGAAUGGGGAGAAGGAGGUAAGCCUGAGCCCCCAAGGUUUGAUUGUGCUGGGCUGUGGCCUGCAUAACAAAGGGAGGGUUCUGGGUGGCAUCAACCCUGGGGGAGAGCCUGGGAGCUGAGUGUGGGAACACAACAAAGGCUGAACCACGAGAAAAUCAAGUAGUGGGAGAGACAGAUUGAAGACACCUGCAUGCCAGUGCAGUCACGGAGCAGGGGUCUUAACAUAAGCACACUGUGGAUAAGCAGGAAGGGGGCAGGUGGAUCCUUGGGGCCAACAGCCGGAAAAGGCUUGGAUUACUGGGAAGCAGGAUGACGUGGGAAUGGGCUGUGGGACCAGUUCUUAGUGGUAGGCCAGAGGGGUCCGAGUGAAGGAAGGCCGUGGCCGGAAUGUGCUGCAGCUCCAGGUGUGACAUGCAGCCCUGAUGCUUGAGCAGGUUUGCUGGGCCAGUCUCCUGAACUGUCCUCCCGGCAGCCCACCAUGGAGGGAGUACAGGCCAAGGACAGGGGUGGGACACUUUGAAUUUCAGAUGCUGGGUCAAGCCCAGAGAUGAGGUGCUUGUGGGUGGAGGGUGGGGUGCGGUCUCCACAGCAGUGCAGCCCGGGGAGGGGCCCAGCUUGCAAGUCUCCAAGUGGAAGGAACCAGAGAGCGCCAAGCAUUUGUUUUUUAAAUACCAGAAGAAAAAAAAACAAUUACUGUCGAGUCAGUUCUGGCUCACAGUGACCCUAUAGGACAGAGUGGAACCGCCCCAUAGGAUUUCCAAGGAGCACCUGGUGGAUUCGAACUGCCAGCCUUUUGGUUAGCAGCCGUAGUUCUUAACUACUGCCACCAGGGUUUCCAUUUUUUAAAUGCAAGGACAAACUGACAUUUUUAUUUUGAAGUAAAGCUUUUCAUAUUCCUACUCUGUGUCAGCAUGUUUUGGUGUUUUCUUCCUGAUCUCUAAACGAGGCACCAAGGUAACGCUGUUUGGGGCAUGGGUAGACCAGACCAAACCCGUUGUUGAGUAGAUACCGCCUCAUAGCGCCCCUACAGGACAGAGUAGAACCGCCGCAUAGGGUUUCUAAGGCUGUAAUCUUUACGGAGGCAGACUUCUCCCAUGGAGCGACUAGUGGAGUCCAAACCGCCACUCUGGGUUAGCAGCUGAGUGCUGAACCAUAGCACCACCAGGGCUCCUUAGGGGUACAGCAGGGCCUGGGAAUCCAGUCCCAGGUAGGAGUUGCAGUUUGGCCACAACACCAAGCUGGUGAUGCCAGAGCUGGGUCUAGUGUGGCUCAGGAAAUCCUCAGGAGCAGCUUGGCCUUCUCCAAAGCCUGGGGCUCUCAAGAGCAUCCGGCAGCUGUCCAGGCCUCUGACCUGCUUUCUUGGCCUUCAGACCAGAACAACCAGUCCUCCACCUCAUCCUUCCUACCACCUGCCUGGGAGGCCCAGGCCUGGUUUGAAAUAGCACAAGGUGCUUAGGGCUCAUUUGCUCAAAGAACAAAGCAGGAUCUAGCCUGCCCCCACAAGAUUAGGAGGCAGCAACUGGAUGAGGGAUUUAUACUCUCAUUUGAAAACACAAGAGGUCUCUGGGUGGAGCAAGCUGUUCGCAAAAGGUUGGUGGUUUGAACCCACCCAGUCGUGCUGUGGAAGAAAGACCUGGUGGCCUGCUUCUGUAAGGGUCAUAGCCAAGAAAACCCGGCGGGGCUCAGUUCUACUCUUUAACACAUGGGGUCACCAUGAGUUGGAAUUGAUGGCAAUGGGUUUGGUUUUGGUUUUGGUUUGAGAGUGUAAAUUUGAUGGAGGAACCCAAGGCUCAGAAAAGUAAAGCAACCAGCCGAAGGUCACACAGCAAGUCAGCACUGAGGCCAGGACUUGAGCAGGUAUCUGGGCAGCCAAAGCCUCAGAAGGAAAGGCCAGAAGCUGCCGGGCCUCACAGACAUGUAUAAAGGCCCUGGCCUGCAGGUUAGACACUCCUUUUACAGGCGCGGUCACAACUGAGGAUGCUGGCCCUCUGUCCCACUCCUCUGCUCAGUGCAUGGUCCCUGGGUGGGAGGGGUGAGUGAGAGAAGGGCUCCUCCCAUCAUUCACCUGCAGCUGGACCACCAAAAAAUAAACCUGUUGCCGUUGGGUUGAUUCUGACUUAUGGCAACCCCGCUUGUUAGAACUUCUCCAUAGAGUUUUCUUAGCCUGGGUGGGCUUGAACUGCCAACCUUUAGGUUAGCAGUCGAGUGCAAACUGUUCGCGCCACCCAGGAACCUAGCUGGACCACAGGGAGACCCCCAUAUAAUUAACCAAUAAUAUGAGUGUGUGGCAGGGUGCUUCACCUUCUCCCACCCCUGUGGACCCACACGACUACAGUUCCCAGGGGCCCCUGCUCCAGGCUGGGUGCUGCCAGCCAAAGGAGACCUGUAAUCUGACCGUCCCCCUCAAAAGGUCACUUCAGAGGUUCUUGAGGGACAGCAACAAAGGGAUCUCAGUGGCUCAGCUCUGAUGGGAGUGGGGCAGGCGCAGUGGCCCUGCCUCAGUCGACCUCCCCCACACCACCCCCUAGGACCAUGUAGUCUCAGACGUUCAGUGUCCUGUCUAACAGGGCACACUGACCCUCAGCUCCUGCCUCUCUAGCCACAACACGCAGCUAACGCAGGUCCUCUGUCCUGUGCCUGGUGUGGAGCCCUCUUGGUGGGGCACUGAGAAGCCUGACCAGAGCUCUGCAGCCUGUGAUCUGCUGGGACAGGGCAGCCAAGCUGGCACUGAUGAACUCCUGCCACCUGCUCUCCUUGCCAGCCCCCUCACCGCACCAGAAGCCUGGUUGGGAGCUCACAAUCCAGCCCUGCCUUCAGCUGUUAACUCAGGAAAGGGGCCCAGAGAGGGAGAACACCUUAUCCAAAGUUGCACAGCAAACCGGGGCUCCCCGCCAGAGGCAGGGGACAGAAGACCCAGUGUUCAAGGACUGGAGGAAGUGGGCCAGCACAGGGCUGCAAGCAAGCCAGGCUGAGCCUGGCCUGGCCCGUGUGGAGGCUGGGCCUUCCCCUCCCUCCUCUCUUCCCCUUGACCCCAAAAUAGCUCCCAGAGCUGUCUAGCCAAGACCCUCCCAACCCAUCACCGGGAGGGGGGAGGCGGAGUGUGCUGCCCAGAGCCAAGCCUUAAAUCCCCCCCGGCAGCCGGGACGUGCUCCAUUCCCUGGCUGGAGGCACCGCGCGGCCGCCUGUCCACCAUCAGUCCUCUGUUCCGCCUGCCCACCUGCCCACAGCCAUGUCCCGACCACUAUCAGACCAGGAGAAGAGGAAGCAAAUCAGCGUGCGCGGCCUGGCCGGCGUGGAGAAUGUGACCGACCUGAAGAAAAACUUCAACCGGCACCUGCACUUCACGCUGGUCAAGGACCGCAAUGUGGCCACCCCCCGAGACUACUACUUCGCUCUGGCUUACACUGUUCGCGACCACCUCGUGGGCCGCUGGAUCCGAACACAGCAGCACUACUAUGAGAAGGACCCCAAGAGGAUCUACUACCUGUCACUGGAGUUCUACAUGGGACGGACACUACAAAACACCAUGGUGAACCUGGCCCUGGAGAAUGCCUGCGACGAGGCCACCUAUCAGCUGGGUCUGGACAUGGAGGAGCUGGAGGAAAUAGAGGAAGAUGCGGGGUUGGGCAAUGGGGGCCUGGGCCGGCUGGCAGCCUGCUUUCUGGACUCCAUGGCGACUCUGGGUCUGGCUGCCUAUGGCUACGGAAUCCGUUAUGAGUUUGGGAUUUUUAACCAGAAGAUCUCUGGGGGCUGGCAGAUGGAGGAGGCUGAUGACUGGCUUCGCUACGGCAACCCCUGGGAAAAGGCCCGGCCUGAGUUCAUGCUGCCUGUGCACUUCUACGGCCAUGUGGAACACACCAGCCAGGGGGCCAAGUGGGUGGAUACACAGGUGAUACUGGCCAUGCCCUAUGACACACCUGUGCCUGGCUAUCGCAACAACGUUGUCAACACCAUGCGCCUCUGGUCAGCAAAGGCCCCCAAUGACUUCAACCUCAAGGACUUCAAUGUUGGUGGCUACAUCCAGGCUGUGCUGGACCGAAACGUGGCUGAGAACAUCUCUCGUGUCCUGUACCCCAACGACAAUUUCUUCGAGGGGAAGGAGCUGAGGCUGAAGCAGGAGUACUUUGUAGUGGCCGCGACACUCCAGGACAUCAUCCGUCGCUUCAAAUCCUCCAAGUUUGGCUGCCGCGACCCAGUGCGCACAAGCUUCGAUGCCUUCCCUGAUAAGGUGGCCAUCCAGCUCAAUGACACCCACCCAUCCUUGGCCAUCCCUGAGCUGAUGAGGAUUCUGGUGGACUUGGAACGGUUGGAUUGGGAAAAGGCGUGGGAAGUGACAGUGAAGACCUGCGCCUACACCAACCACACCGUGCUGCCCGAGGCCCUGGAGCGCUGGCCGGUGCACCUCAUGGAGACGCUGCUGCCACGGCACCUGCAGAUCAUCUACGAGAUCAACCAGCGCUUCCUGAACCGGGUGGCAGCCGCGUUCCCAGGGGAUGUAGAUAGGCUGCGGCGCAUGUCGCUGGUGGAGGAGGGCGCUGUGAAGCGCAUCAACAUGGCACACCUUUGCAUCGCGGGAUCGCACGCGGUAAACGGUGUCGCUCGCAUCCACUCUGAGAUCCUCAAAAAGACCAUCUUCAAGGACUUCUACGAGCUAGAGCCUUAUAAGUUCCAGAAUAAGACCAAUGGCAUCACCCCUCGGCGCUGGCUGGUUCUUUGUAACCCUGGGCUGGCAGAGGUCAUUGCUGAGCGGAUUGGGGAGGAUUUCAUCUCAGACCUGGACCAGCUGCGCAAACUGCUCUCCUAUGUGGACGAUGAAGCCUUUAUCCGGGAUGUGGCCAAAAUCAAGCAGGAAAACAAGUUGAAGUUCUCUGCAUACCUAGAGAAGGAAUACAAAGUCCAAAUCAACCCCAACUCGCUCUUCGAUAUCCAGGUGAAGCGGAUUCAUGAAUAUAAACGCCAGCUCCUCAACUGCCUCCACGCGAUCACCCUGUACAACCGCAUCAAGAAGGAACCCAAUAAGUUUUUUGUGCCUCGAACUGUGAUGAUUGGAGGGAAGGCUGCACCUGGGUACCACAUGGCUAAGAUGAUCAUCAGACUCAUCACGGCCAUUGGGGAUAUGGUCAACCAUGACCCGGUGGUGGGAGACCGCCUCCGCGUGAUCUUCCUAGAGAACUAUCGAGUCUCAUUGGCAGAGAAAGUUAUCCCAGCCGCUGACCUCUCCGAGCAGAUCUCUACUGCGGGCACUGAGGCCUCGGGCACUGGCAACAUGAAGUUCAUGCUCAAUGGGGCGCUGACCAUCGGUACCAUGGAUGGAGCCAAUGUGGAGAUGGCAGAAGAGGCGGGCGAGGAGAACUUCUUUAUCUUUGGCAUGCGGGUGGAGGAUGUGGACAAGCUUGACCAGAAGGGGUACAAUGCUCAGGAGUACUAUGACCGCAUUCCCGAGCUCCGGCAGGUCAUCGAGCAGCUGAGCAGCGGAUUCUUCACCCCCAAACAGCCUGACCUGUUCAAGGACAUUGUUAACAUGCUCAUGCACCAUGACCGGUUUAAAGUCUUUGCGGAUUAUGAAGACUACGUUAAAUGCCAGGAGAAAGUCAGUGCCCUGUACAAGAAUCAGAGAGAGUGGACGAGGAUGGUCAUCCGGAACAUAGCCACCUCAGGCAAGUUCUCCAGCGACCGCACCAUCGCCCAGUAUGCCCGGGAGAUCUGGGGGGUAGAGCCUUCCCGCAAGCGCCUGCCAGCUCCUGAUGAGACCGCCUGAGCCUACAGACCAGACCCCAAUCAGCCCGAGUCUGUGUGCGAUACCUCGGGCCAGCCCUAGCUCCUCGUCCGGGGGGAGGAGAGGGGGAGUUUCUGUGUCAGACCUCUAAACCCCUUCCUGGAAUCCCCAUUCCGCCCCCUCGAGGUCUCAGUGUCCAGCUUGACUAAGGACAUUGCCCCUCUUCCGGUCCUUGGGCUCCCAGCCCCCCGCCUAUUUGUGGAGUCUGACCAACUGCACCCACUCCCCAAUAAAAUGAUUCUCCUUGGGAGCCUACUUAUUCCUUUCUCUGUUGGGAAAUAUUUUUAGCUCUUGGCGGGCACAGCAGCUGCUGAGCAGUGCCCUCUUACCCCCAACCCUCAGCAGGUGCAUCCCCUCGGAGGCGGCCAGGGGGCGGGGCCUGGGACUCUGCAGCUGUCACCCUCCACGCCUCCCUUCCCAGUGCUGUGUCCAUACUAGGUCAGCGGCCAG